AUGUAUGUGUUUGAAUUACCACCAAAAGUUGUCUACGAGUUGGGAGAUGUGUUAGAUGGCGGAAAUUUGUGGGAAGAGAUUGGUACGUUGUUUCUCUUGUGUUUUGCUUUUAGAUACUAGUUAGACAAACACGUUUCACUUGUUUUUCAUACGGUUACCAGCACAUAUUUCUAAAAAUUAAGCAAUAACAUAAAGAAGCCAAGGGCAAUGUCGAGGUUUUAAAGUAUAAUGUAAAUUUUAGCUCAAUUGAUGCCGGACAUAAAGACGAUUGACAUUGAAGGUUGUAGAAGAACAGAGAAACCUACUGAGAGUUUAUUACGAGUGUGGGGUAGUAAAGGGUAUAAAGUACUGGACUUGUUCAAAGUAUUUGGACGUUGCCAGUUCGUCAGAUGUGUUGAUCUUCUUAAACCUUAUGGUAACUGUUCUUUUUGUCUUUUUUCUGUCUUUAUUUACAUUCUGUUGGAGUUUAAAAAGUUAAAUUAUAUAAUUGAGCUAGUCUAAUUUCGUUUAAUGUUGUUUCAGCUAUCAGAAGAACGUCAAUUUUCUUUACUCAAUCUUUAAAAAAAUUUUUUUAGUUGAUCCAAAGUUUCAUAACAUCACAAUGUCUACAGAAAAGAGUAUUUUAUCACCACGAUCGACAUUUCCAAAUGAAUCUGUCAAUAAAGGUGACAAUACUCAACCUUCAACUGUGUAUUCGAAACGAGCUCAAAGCCAAAUAGAACCAUUGCUGUUAAGUGAAGGGUCAGUUAAUUAUUUGUUUUAUAUUGUUUUUUUAGGGGAAAGUAACAGGAUUUUUAACUGCUGAUUUAUGGUACAAGAUUCAUAUUGAUCUUUAUUCAGUGAUCAAACAUGAUUUUAUUAAUUUUUGAAAGUAACAUUAAAAAAUAUCACUUCAGGGACUCCGUUCAAAGUUCAAACGAGAUCUUUAGUGGACUACACACAAUUCCAGCUAUAAAAUACGAGGAUAUCCAAGACAUGACCAAUAACUUUGCAGUGGAGAAUGUUUGUGGUAAAGGAGGGUACGGUGUUGUUUACCGUGGUAUGUGGAAACAUAUGCCUGUGGCUGUGAAACGGAUUCAGGCUAGAAAAGGUGGACAGCUAGAGGUAAGUUGUUGUAGGCUUUUGUUUUACUCGAUAUACUAAACUUAUAUAGCUAUAACUUUAUUGUGUUAUCAGUAAGAUUGAUCUUAACAGUACGUUAAUUGUGAAGUUUUUAAAAUACGAAGAAUAAUUCUUGAAAAAGCAGUAUUUUGGUAUUUUCUUACAUUUAAUGCUGUAAACUCUAUAUAGGGCUUUUUAUAUCGAACUUCAUUUAAAUAAAUUGUUUUAGCAUCAAAAAGAGCGUAUCAGACAAAGUUUACAAGAACUACGGCAUCUGUCAAAGCUCAGGCAUGAUAACAUACUUUCUUUAUAUGGCUAUUCAAUGGACGGGCCAGAACCUUGCUUAUUGUAUCAGUUUAUGCCUAGUGGCUCGUUAGAAGAUAGGUUACUCUGUAGGGUAUGUUUUAAAAGUUGGGUAUCAGUUGAAAAGGUUUAAAAAAUGCUGGAAAGCUGCGGAAUCGUUCCUUUCAUUCCGAUGGACGUAGCUCUUCUACAUAACCUUAUUUUUACUUACAAUGACAUACAUAUCUUUCUGUAAUACCAAGAAAUUAUAUAUAAAGUAUUAUAUUAGGUUGUCCGGAAAGUUCUGCAAUAUUUGAGUAGGUAAACUUUGAAAAAUCAGGAAAAAUUUAUUUAUUGACGGAAAGAAAAAAUUCUUUUUUGUUUGUUUGUUUGUUACCUAAAUUAUUCAAAAAGGUAAGUUACAUAACUUAAUUUCAUUUUUUUGUAUUGUUUUAGGUAUUAGAAAAAAAUGGAGAAAUCUCGCCUGCGCGUGAUUAUAUGGAAUGAAUUCAAACGCGGAAAUACUGCGGCAGAAACCUUCAGAAUCAUAAACGAAAAUGAGGGUAAGAAUGUUGUGAGUUAUUCUACGGUGACCAGAUGGUUCGCAAAGUUUCGUGUGGACGAUGAGAAGCUUGAAGACAAACCACGUGCAGGAAGACCCAGCAAACUUGACAAAGAUGCCCUGAGGCGCAAGAUUGAAGAUGACCCACAUAUUACAAUCCGGGAGUUAGAAGAGUUACUAAACUGUGGAAAAAGUACCAUUGGUGAUCAUUUGAAGGCAAUGGGUAUGGUCAAAAAGUUGGACAAAUGGGUGCCUCACAAUUUGACUGAUCUGCAAAAAGCCAAGAGACGAUGUGCUUCCGAAAAGCUUCUGCAACGCUGCAAAAACGAAGAAUUCUUGGAUCGAAUUGUAACUAUUGACGAGAAGUGGAUCUCGUUUAACAAUACUAGAAGAUCUACAAGUUGGUGUAAGCGUGGAGAAGCUCCUAAGCACGUUCCGAAGCCAGAAUUGCACUAA